AGAGAAUUUUCUAUCGUCACGGGCUGCAUAAACGCUCCAGAAAGUUCUGCGUCUCGACGCUGUAUAAAUAGUAAGCGGCUGUUAAAGCCGAGAGAGAUUCCAGCCCACGAACGUCUAGCGUGUAAGACAAGGAGUUGUCGGUAAUUCUUUUGUUGAAAAGCUGCUGUAGUCGAGAUGGUUCGGGAAACCGGUUACUACGACCUUCUUGGCGUAAAACCAGAAGCCUCGUUGGAUGAAAUUAAGAAGGCAUACCGAAAACUUGCUUUGAAAUAUCAUCCUGACAAGAACCCCAACGAAGGAGAGAAAUUCAAGCUGAUUUCUCAAGCCUAUGAGGUUCUGUCCGACCCAAAGAAGAGAGACUUGUAUGAUCGUGGAGGGGAACAAGCCAUCAAAGAAGGAGGGAUGGGAGGCCAAUCGUUUUCCUCCCCUAUGGACAUUUUUAACAUGUUUUUCGGGGGUGGUAGCAGAAUGCAGAGGGAAAGGAGAGGGAAGAAUGUUGUCCAUCAACUUUCUGUUACACUGGAAGAGAUGUACAGUGGCGCAACCCGAAAACUGGGCCUUCAGAAGAAUGUAAUCUGUGAAAAAUGUGAUGGUUACGGAGGAAAGAAAGGAGCAUUGGAAAAGUGCUCAAACUGCAAAGGGAGGGGUGUUCAGAUACAGGUGCAGCAGAUCGGGCCGGGCAUGAUACAGCAAAUCCAGAGCAUGUGUGCGGACUGCCAGGGCCAAGGCGAGAGGUUCAACUCGAAAGACCGAUGUAAGAACUGCAAUGGUCACAAAGUGGAACGCAAGAAGAAGAUCCUGGAAGUCCACAUUGACAAAGGCAUGAAAGAUGGGCAGAAGAUUACAUUCCAUGGGGAGGGUGACCAGGAGCCUGGGCUGGAACCUGGCGAUGUCAUAAUUGUCCUGGACCAGAAGGACCAUCCAGUGUUCCAGAGACAGGAAGACAACCUCCUCAUGAAGAUGGAGAUCAAGCUGGUCGAAGCACUCUGUGGGUUCAGAAAGACUAUUCGCACUUUAGACAACAGAAUGCUCAUCAUUACCUCACCACCAGGGCUUGUAGUAAAGCACAAUGACAUCAAAUGUGUCCAAAAUGAAGGUAUGCCCUUGUACAGAGACCCUUAUGAGAGAGGACAACUCAUCAUUCAGUUUGUGGUGGAGUUCCCAGAGAAAGGCUGGCUCCCUGAUCACAUGCUCCCUCAGCUGGAGGCCCUGCUCCCUCCCAGAGAUGAGGUAAUGAUCACUGAUGACAUGGAGGAAGUAGACUUGAGUGACCUGGAUUUGCACUCCCAGCAACGUAGAUACAACACGGAGGUCUAUGAGGAGGACGAAAGCCCCAGGGGUGGGGUGCAAUGCCAGACGCAGUGAAUGUGACCCCCUUUCUCCUUGCAACGAUUGGUGUAUAAACAUGGGGACAUGAUUUUCUGUGUGUAUGAAUCAUCUGUUAUAUGUUACCUGUUAAUGUUUUCUUUCUGCUUAAUGGCAGUGGAUGUGAACAAAAUAGGCACACGCUUCAUGUGAAUUGCUUUAUUUUUUCCCCUCCACCUUUGUUUGGUUAAAAAAGGCCAUUGAACUGAAUAGAGAAUUUUUCACCUAUGCUUUCUGUGAAGGUAACUUGAUUUUUCUGAAAUAAAUAAUUUUGUAUACUA